AUGGCCGGCAAGAAGAAGAAGCAGAAGUCGCAAACCCCACAGCCCAGCCUUAAGUUGUCAGAGAAGCAGCAGCAAAAGCCUGGGUCAUCGAAGCAAGAACGGCAAACGAAGAAACUGAACAGAAACGAAACCAGAGCCCAAGAGUCUGGCGGUGUCCUCGUAACCCCCAAGCCCAAGAAACCUUCCGUCACAGAUCUCUGGGCAGAUUAUUUCCAAAAGGGCGAAUUGUCCGAUUGGCAGCGGCUCUGUGAGGAUUUGGGCCUACCAUCGGACUUGCCAAGUAAGAAGCAAUGCCGAAAUGCUCUCAAGAGAGUAAAUGUGAACAUACAUCAGUUCCUACAAGCCUCUGUCCGGCCCGAGCAGGUCAAAUUCUUCCACAGCGUUCGGGACCUUGAGGACUACACUAGAAAGCGGCACCUCUUCUACCGGAAGAAGAACAUACCUAAGGGCAGCCCGCUCUGCGCGUUGCUUAAAUUCCUGAUCUAA